AUGGCCAUCUCGGAGCCAACGGAGCGACGCGAUGCCGGAUACCUCUAUCAACCAGCGCCGACGCUAAUGCCUGAGAUGCACGAGCUGGAGAAGCUUCAGAAGCAGCUUCUUCACCUGGGCAAGCGUCAAGAAACCUCUUCGGUAUACACCUACACAGUUGUCAGCAGCCCCGACGAGACAUGCGGUUUCCUAUCUGGCUCUCCAGGCAAUGCCAUUAAGUGCGCCAAUGGCGAGAAGUGUAGCUGGGAGCUUGCGCACAUUACUAGAAUCAUGUGUGGAUCAGCCGCACAUAUUACUUGCUACAAUCGGGAACAAGCGCUCAACACGGAGCUCUGUAACGAUGUUUGCCAAAGCAAUUCUUUCUACCUGCUUUGCACCGAACGAUCAUCAGCGUACUGCGCAGUGUACUCCUACGAAGAUGGAGUCAAGGACUAUAGAUGCGCAACUGCAAGCCUGUCGAGGGCCCAGGAGGUGUCAUUCACCUACGAUGGCCAAAGAGGGCGGCGUUUCACAACAUUAACAGUUGCUGGGGAUGCUGCCGAGACUCCGACUUCCUCCUCAACCUCUACAUCUUCAACUGAGGAACCAGAGGAGUCCGAAACCGAGACAGAGACACCCACUGAAUCUGACGAUAUAACCACAACUAUCACUAUUGAUCCGGGCAGGGUCACCAGUGAGAAGCCUGUGGAAACCGAAGAUGGGAAAAGUGACGGUCCCAAUAUCGGAGCUAUAGUUGGCGGCUCUAUUGGCGGCUUCGUCGCCCUUUCGCUGAUUGUAUUGGGUGCCAUUUGGCUGCUUCGACGCAACAAGAAGAACCAAACUCCUCCGAACCAACCAGCGCCUGUACCACCGCCUAUGCAGCACCAGACUCCCGUGUCCUCAGUACCGCCAAUGAGCGAACACACUGGCCUCGUCUCGCCAGCCUCACCAACCCAGUCUGACUGGCGAGGUUCUUCAGUUGCUCCGACCUCAACUCAGAGCCCAGUCUCGAUGCAAGGCUGGUCAACACAUUCACCCACAGGCCAGCCUUACAAUGCUGCUCCGCAGAACCCCAACUAUCACUAA